AUGAGUGAUCGCGAGGUUCUGGUUUACAAUGCCAAGCUCGCAGAGCAGGUGGAGAGAUAUGACGAAAUGGUGGAGUUGAUGAAAAAGGUUGUCGAGGAAGACAAGGAAUUGUCGGUAGAGGAAAGAAACUUGCUUUCCGUUGCUUAUAAAAAUGUUAUUGGGGCCAGAAGGACUUCGUGGAGAGUUUUCGGUGGAUUAGAGGGCUCUGGACAAAUCCGUGCGAACCCCAAGGCGGCUGGACCUUUGAAGCGAUACCGCGAGGAGUUAGAAUCGGAAAUCAAUAAGGUUUCCACGGAAAUACUGGAGUUGUUGGAUAAAUACCUCAUAAAGCCAAAUAUCGCGGCAGAUUCGCGUGUUUUCUACUUGAAAAUGAAGGGGGAUUAUUAUCGUUAUAUGGCUGAGUUCGCUGUUGGUGAUCAACGCACAACCGUGGCCACCAAAAGCAACGAAGCAUAUGAGGAAGCAUCAAACAUUGCAUCCCAGCUUCUUCCGACUCAUCCAAUCCGUCUUGGACUAGCCCUUAAUUACUCCGUUUACUUCUAUGAAAUCAUGAAUAAUCCGGCUAAAGCCUGUCAGUUGGCGAAGGCAGCAUUUGAUGAUGCUAUUGCUGAGCUGGAUCAAUUGUCUGAAGAGAGUUACAAAGAUUCCACCCUGAUCAUGCAGCUGCUUCGAGAUAAUUUAACUCUUUGGACGUCUGAUGCGGAGGGUGAAGGUAAAGGAACGUGA